UUUAGGUGAAGCUAGAGGAGUUGGGACUUGAAAAUGUGUAGUAGUUAACAGGUGGUAGUGGGGAGGGAGGAGUGAUAGCCUUGUAGUCCAGUAAUCAAGAUGAAACAAUGUACUUGAAGGUCUGAAGGUGCACAAAAGCAUGACACAUUUGAAGGUCCAUGUUUUGUAGUCAUAUAGCUUGGUAAUAAUGUUAGACUGGAACUGCCUGAGUCUGAAGCCUGUCUACGACAGUUCAGCUCUGUGAUCUUGAACAAUUCUCUUAUCCUCUAAUUCUGUUGUGAGGAAUAAAUGAGAUCAUGAAUUGAAAGUGCUUAGUAACAUUACUGAGAAAGAGCAAACACUGAUUUUGUAAUGGUGAUGAAGAUGAUAAUAGCUUGAGGGAAUUGGAAGCAAAGAUAUGGCCAGAGAUGAAUAUAGAAAAACCUGUUUGAGAUGUGGUGGUUUCAGCAAGGCCUCAGUUUCCUUCCUUCAGCCCUUGUAAUUUGGACAGCUGCUGCUUUCAUAUUUUCAUACAUUACUGCCAUAGUACUCCACCAUGUUGACCCUGCUUUGCCUUACAUCAGUGACACUGGUACAGUAGCUCCAGAAAAGUGCUUAUUUGGGGCAAUGUUAAAUAUCGCUGCAGUUUUAAGUGUUGCUACCAUUUAUGUUCGUUAUAAGCAAGUUCACGCUCUGAGUCCUGAAGAGAAUUGUAUCAUCAAAUUAAACAAGGCUGGCCUUGUACUUGGAUUACUAAGUUGUUUGGGACUUUCUCUUGUGGCAAACUUCCAGAAAACAGCCUUUUUUGCUGUACACAUAUGUGGAGCUGUGCUCGCCUUUGGUAUGGGCUCAUUAUAUAUGUUUGUUCAGACCAUCCUUUCCUACCAAAUGCAGCCCAAAAUUCAUGGCAAGCAAGUCUUCUGGAUCAGACUACUUGUGGCUAUCUGGUGUGGAAUAAGUGCAUUCAGCAUGCUGACAUGCUCAUCACUUUUGUACAGUGGUAGUUUUGGUACUGAUAUAGUACAGAAACUCCAUUGGAAUCCUGAGGACAAAGGUUAUGUGCUACACAUGAUCACUACAGCAGCAGAAUGGUCUAUGUCAUUUUCCUUCUUCAGUUUUUUCCUGACUUAUAUCCGUGAUUUUCAGAAAAUUUCUUUACGGGUGGAAGCUAAUUUACAUGGAUUAACUCUCUAUGAUACUGCUCCUUGUCCUACUAAUGAUGAAAGAACACGACUACUUUCCAGAGAUUUAUGAUGAAAGGAUAAAAUAUUUCUGUAAUGAUUAUGAUUCUCAGGGAUUGGGGAAAUGUUCAUGGAAGUUUCUUAAUUCUGCUCUGCAAUUUUCAACCACUUAAGUGUGACUAUGACAUUGUUGAAUAUUGAUAAUCAAGAAAUAUGAAUUAAGCCAUUCAGUAAGUUAUUUUAAAGUAUAUCUUCAAGAGGACCAUGUAAAAACUUUUAUGUCUAUACUCUUUUUAAUCCCAGAAAAUAAAACCAAAGGAUUAUACAAUGUA